AUUAAAUAUGGCGGCAGGAUACACUAAGCAAGAUACUGGCCUCUUCAAUGCAAAGUAUUUAAGUCUGAUCAUAUUAACUGURCAAAAUGCUGCUCUCAUCCUUACCAUUCGCUACACACGGACUCUUCCUGGCGACAUGUAUAUAUCMAGCACAGCAGUUGUCAUGGCAGAGAUGUUAAAAGUCAUAACUUGUCUUGGAGUAAUACUCUAUGAAGAGAAGAGUUUAYUAGGAUGGGCUAAUCAUUUGUACUCGUCAAUUAUUGGUCAGCCAUUAGACACAUUAAAGCUAAGCGUCCCAGCUUUAAUUUAUACAAUACAAAACAACCUACAAUAUGUCGCUAUAUCRAACUUAGAAGCAGCUACAUUUCAGGUGACCUAUCAAAUGAAGAUAUUUACCACAGCGUUGUUCUCUGUUUUGAUGCUAAACAAGAGCCURAGCAAGCUUCAAUGGUUUUCUUUGAUAAUGCUUUUUGCUGGGGUAUCUAUUGUACAGCUACAACCACAUGAUAAUUCCCCGCAACCAACCAUUAGUCCUACAGCAUCUGAAAUGCUUACUUCAACUACUGCUAAAGUAAUUAAACAGAGCCGAAUGAUUGGCCUGAUAGCUGUCAUUAUGUCAUGUUUAUGCUCUGGMUUUGCAGGUGUAUACUUUGAAAAGAUUUUGAAAGGAACGUCAGGUUCUUUAUGGCUGAGAAAUAUCCAGCUAGGAUGUUAUUCUAUUGUUAUCGGGCUCAUUGGAAUGGAGAUMAAUGAUGGUGCCAAGAUUGCUGAAAAGGGCUUCUUUUUUGGCUAUACAAAGCUAGUGUGGAUUGUUAUUCUGAUGCAAGCUUUUGGUGGCCUUUUAGUUGCCAUUGUUGUCAAAUAUGCUGAUAAUAUCCUCAAGGGGUUUGCCACAUCAUUUGCAAUUGUGCUCUCAAGUAUUGUGUCCGUUUAUCUGUUUAACUUCCACAUCACAACUCAGUUUGUCUUGGGAGCUGGUUCAGUUAUUAUUGCAAUAUAUCUGUACAGUCAGCCUAAACCUGUUAAACCACCAGAGAACAUUCUUGGAAAACGUACUCCUGAUAUUGCUAAACUCUAGGUUAAUGUAAAAUUUAUAAAUAUUUUGUAAAUGAAAUCUGUUGUAAUAAGUCAAACCAAACAAAAGCAAUUAUACAAUAUGUACUUCUGUUAAUUCUAAUCACUUUCUAACAAUAUUGAACAAUGUACAAGGUCUAUAUAAUCAACAUAGUUCACUACAAAAGAACAAAAUACUUURUCAAGAUUUCAUAUUUAUUGGGUUUUGUAUUCAUAUUGCGAAUAAGUGGUUGUUUAGAACAUCUCAGUUUAUAAAAAAUCACUUUUACAAUGUUCAAAGUAACAUUGAAUUUUGUGAAAUUAUCCCGACGUUAUUUAUAUUUAUUCCAGACUUUAUGAGGUAGAUAGAUAGUUAGAUCAGGAAACAUAUUUAUAUGACUUUGUAAUCAUUUCAGGAUGGUGAUGGUUUAAAUUGUCCUAACAGUGACAGCCAGAGUGAAUGCACUUAAUCMGUGCAACUGUACAAAAUCUAAGUAGUACUAAUUUGUACUAAAAGUGUUACCUAAAGCAAGACGGUAUUGAGUGCUUCAUUUGUAUCAAUUCAAUUUAAUUUGCGUAUAUCGUAUGCACGAUUUACUAAAUGCAACUAAAYAUCACUAUUUAGUUUGUACAGUUGCACGGAUUAAGUGAGAUCACUCCACUGGAUCAAGUAAUACAAUUAACAAGUUUUGUCCUAA